GGCCCGUGGGACAGAACGCAAAGAGCCGUCGCCCGGCCGGGUGUGGAUGGAGGUGGUGGAGCCCGCGCGGCGCGCGGAGUGAGCGGCGGAGCGGCGGGACUUCAGCGGACUCGCGAUGGAGGAGGAGAUAUCUCUUGAGCAUCCAUUAUGUGUAAAGGAACAGUGCUAGGUGCUGGGGACCAGAGGUAAAUACGACCCCACCUGAUAGGCAUGUACCGACGACAGCCAGCUACCUAAGCAGAUAAUCGAGGCCACGAGAUAUCAGCGGCUGUCCUAGAGGCUCCAGGGUGGCUGCCCAUGUCCGAGAAGAGGACUCAAGUUUACCUCUUGUACCAGCCUGUGGUUGAAGGCAGAAUCCUUGGAGCGCUUACCAGGGUGUGAAGGAAGGGGGCGAGAAGCUUCGGGGAGCACGGAGGGCAGACAAGGCUGGCUGGAUCAAGAAGAGCAGUGGUGGCCUCCUGGGGCUUUGGAAAGACCGGUAUCUGCUUCUCUGCCAGGCCCAGCUGCUGGUCUACGAGAACGAGGCUCGUUAGUAGUCCCAUGAGAGUGUCAUCGUGUCCCAAGAGGAAGAUACUGAGGCCCUAGGGAGCCAAUGACUGGUCGGCAUCUCAGUGAAUGGAGGAGUUGGGACCCAGACCAAAUCCAGAGCUCUUUCUACCCAUAGAUUCUGGACGAGCAGAAGUGUGUAGAGAUAGUGGAGCUGGGCAGCUAUGAGAAGUGCCAGGACCUUCGUGCCCUCCUCAAGCGGAAACACCGAUUUAUCCUACAGCGAUCCCCAGGGAACAAGGUCAGCGACAUCAAGUUUCAAGCAACCAGUGGAGAGGAGAAGGAAUCCUGGAUCAAAGCCCUCAAUGAAGGGAUCAACCGAGGUGAAAGUGGACAAGAGCUGUGCCCUGGAGCAUGUGACACGGGACCGGGUGCGUGGGGGCCAGCGGCGCCGGCCACCUACAAGAGUACACCUGAAGGAGGUAGCCAACGCAGCUUCUGAUGGGCUUUCGCGCCUCGACCUCGAAGUUCCAGAUAGUGGGCCACCGGUGUUUGCGCCCAGCAAUGAUGUCAGUGCAACCCAGCCCCGGGAGACACUUAAGCCCCCUAUGCCUCCUACCAAGCCUUCCCCAGCGCCUGAGACGACCAGCCUUGGUGACAGCGUGGAGACCUCUGCCGGGGAGGGAGCCCCAGCCCCUAUCUCAGCAAGGUCUGAGUCCCACCCUGGGAGCCAAGAGGACUCAGAGACUCCAGUACAGGAGGACAGUGGCUCUGAGCAGCCCUCCAACAGGGUCCUGCCUGACAAACUGAAAGUGAGCUGGGAGAACGCCAACCCCAAGGAUCCCCCUGACUUUGAGAGUACAGAACUCCAGGUGCCCCGCUCUGAGACUCCUGAGGCUCUGCCCAAGGAGGGUGGGAAGCCCCCUACACCCCCACCCAAGAUCUUAUCAGAGAAACUGAGAGCCUCCAUGAGUGGGAUGGGGGCUUCUGGGCCAGCCCAGAGUCAUGAGACCUCUGAGAUCUCUGCCCCAGAUCCAGCAGAGAUCUCAGUGAAUGGCAUGGAUGACAGUCCCGAGCCCAUCCAGCCACCCCAGGCCUCGGGCAUCUCAGAAACUCCCCCAGAGGAUGCAACAACAUCCACAGCACUGCCCCCCUGGGACCUGCCAUCUCAUUUCCAUCCCCGCUGCUCCUCCCUGGGGGACCUGCUUGGGGAAGGCCCCCGGCGUCCACGGCAGCCUGGAGAACGGCUGUAUCGGGCCCAGCUGGAGGUGAAGGUGGCCUCAGAACAGACGGAGAAACUAUUGAACAAGGUGCUGGACAGUGAGCCGGCCCCCGUAAGUGCUGAGACACUGCUCAGUCAGGCUGUGGAGCAGCUGAGGCAGGCCACCCAAGUCCUACAGGAAAUCAGAGGUCUGGAAGAGCUGAGCCAGGAAUCACCUGGGCUACAGGAGAAGCGGAAGGAGCUGGUGACCCUCUACAGGAGAAGUGCACCCUAGGGCCUGCCGGGCCAGGGCACUGUCCCUCCUAGCCCGCCCCGUCCAUCAUUGCCCAAUCCUGCCAAGAAACAUGCUUCUGCUCAGGCUGCAGAAGGGCCAUCAGGCAUGUUGGGGGUAUGGCCAGGACCUGCAGAGAUUCCUGGCAUCCUUUCUGCCCUGCCCUGGCCAGUGGGGCCAGGUGCCAUCCAGGGCCACUAUUUGGCUAUCUGGCCCAGGCUCUGGGUUCUGGACUUGGGCUGGGAGCACACACUUGGUUGCUUGCAUGGUUAUUCCAAACUGCCCAGGGCUUUAGCACGGCACUUGGGGUUUCUGGGGGUGACAUCAUCUCUGCUUCCCACCCCCAGUAGUUUACAUUCCUGACUUCUGAAUAGAGCACAGCUGAGCCCCCUGCCCCUGCAGCUCCCACGUCCAGAUGUUCCCGGGCAGAGAGCCUUAUGGCAGAGGCAGCUCCGAGCCAUAACCAACCCUCCCCACCCACCUACUGCAAGUAGCUGCCAAGGCCUUGGGUCUAAGCUCUAGAUUGUUCCCUUAGCUGAGUGAGACCUGGAAUCCAGCUAGGGCCUGUGCAGGCAGGUGGGAGGCAGCUGUGUGAGAAAGCCAUUGGACGUGUGGCUCCUCUCUGGGCCUGUUUCCUAUUCUGCAGGCCUUCCCCUCUGGUGAGCUGUGAUUGGAGGACUCCAGGUUGGAGGAGGAACGCAAAGGGUCUCCUAGUCUAGUCUCUACCCCUGGACCAGCCUGUGUCCAGCCUUGCACAUUUCCUGUAGGGGUGAGCCCGAGAAUGGCUCUGAUAUCAACAUCAGAAAAUCCUGUAUAUACUUCAUUAUAAAUCAACCUUCAGAAGAGAAGCCACCUCAACUUCUGUGCCUCCCCAGAUGGGAUUUAUAUCUGGGUCUCUGGUUCCUCCUCAGCCCAAACAAAUCCAAUAUCCCAAUCAUUUGUUUGAAUGCCAGUGGGGGUAUGUUGGGCCUGAAAUAACUUCCCUUUUCCUUGUUCCCCCCCACCCCCCACCCCACUGGCUCAGGCCCCAGAGGGAGUGCUCCUCUGAACUUCCUCGUGGAAGGGGCAUUUUCUUCUGUCCCUUUCCUGGUCCAUGCUUGCAGCCUGGGCCUCUCCCUCUCCCCUCCCCCUCCCCCAAUCCCCCCACAGUUGUCCCUGGCUCUGGGAACACAUCCAGUCUCCGUCUAGGUGCAGAGCCCCCUGAGGGCCACAGCCACUCUCCCUGGGGCCUGCAGGAGUGGGAGCAGCUUCUGGCAGGUCUGCUCGGGGGGUUUCUGCAUGUGCACUUUCAUUUACUGAACGAGGAGAAAGGGUCGCAGCUGCGUGCCCUGGCCUUUCUGUCCACUGCCCCAUCACCAGUCGUGCCCACUGAGACCUGCCAGUGCAGGUCAAUGUCUUCUUUACUUCUACUUUAUUCUUGAGGGUAGUGGCCAGGGAUCAAGAGGGGCAGAUGUCUACUCUGCAGCCUGUCCCGGGCAGGAUGGAGGUGAACAGCAAUGUCCUGACUCAUGAGCCCCCACUGGCCUCCUCAAACUACACUCCGUGGACAAAACUCGGUUCCCGUGCCACAGUCUGCCUGUCCGUCUGCCUUCAGUGUGAGAGCAAGGUCGUCAUCGGGUGCCCACGUCAUAUGGCCGCCUGCAGUUUUCUCUUGGGGAACAGCUUUCCCCCACCAGCAGCCUGGGCUGGCUGGGGCUUUAGCCAAGUCACCUGUUUCCAGGGACUAGAGCCUCAGUUUCCUCCUCUGAUAAAUGACCAGAUUGAGCAAGUAGCUCUGGGGCCAUCUCAGUGACCUAAUGCCAUUGGUCCCUCUGGGGUCCCCAUGCCAUGGUGGCCUGGGCCCCAAGGGAGAAAAGCUAGCUUCAACGGGAGGGGUAGAAGGAUGGGGAAUAUGCAGGGAUGCCUUGCCUGCCUCCUUGAGGAGGAUGGCAUUCCAUGUCUUCUGUCAUGAAGCGCCUUUCUUGAAGUUUGGCAAUAAAUCCCUUUUUAUGGAA